UUUAGUUUUAAUUAUUAAUUCGAAGAAAUGGAAUUUGACUGGAAGAAGAAGAAUCAGUGGAAGAGGGGCAAGUAGAUCUGAGGGCUCAUAGAACAGAGUCUCAUACGGCGGAGAUUGAGGGGAGAGAUUGAGAGAGAGAAAUCCGGCGAACGGUCGGCCGGUUGUUUGGAUUCUUACGAGAAAAAAAAGAAAAUUGAAGGGAGGGCUUUGAAUCGUUAUGCUGAAUGACUGAUUUUUCAGCUUUCCGAACGGGCUAUCUCAAAAGGAAAAUGCCGCGCCCUUAUUUCCACAAGCUUGUUCUCUCCUCCACUAUCCAAGCUAGGAAAUUGAGAAUCCCGGAAAGUUUCCUCCGGAUGAUCAGGGAUGAUCUUUCUGCAGUUGCAACACUUACUGUUCCUGAUGGCCAUGUUUGGCGUGUGGGGUUGAGGAAAGCUGAUAAUAAGUUUUGGUUUGAAGAUGGUUGGCAUGGAUUUCUUGAGCAUUACUCGAUAAGGGUCGGGUUUUUGUUAGUAUUCAGAUAUGAGGGAAACUCAUCAUUCUGUAUUUUUAUCUUUAAUCUUAAUACAUCUGAGAUAAACUACCAAUCUGCUGCUCUCGGUGGUAAUCAAAGGAACAAUUACAGCAUUCAAAACCGAAUCUUUGAAGAAAUGGAGGAUUAUGACAUUCCUGAAGCCAUUCCUUCCAAUCAGCCUUUGAACUCGGGUUUUUUACGAAACAAGCUAUUUGGUGAUGAAUGGAAUCUGCACCAAUCAAAAUCUGCAAGUACGUUGCAAUCCAAAUAUUUACCUACUCGAGAUAUCGGGGUUCAGUUUAGUGCUGUGGAGGUUAAAAAGUCUGCAGAUGAGGUGAGAUUCCAGAAUUUGGGUGAUGAUGCUCACAGAAUUAAAAAAAGUGGAGGCAAGAAGCGGAAACUUGAUUCUAGCGAGCAUCGUCCGUCUGCUCAUAGUGAAGAUUUCGGUGACAAUCGCUUUAGAUUUUAUGAAAGUGCUUCUGCUAGAAAGAGAACUGUGACAGCAGAAGAAAGAGAACGAGUUGUCAACGGUGCAAAAGCGUUCGAGCCCGCUAAUCCCUUCUGUAGGGUCGUCUUGCGACCAUCUUAUCUAUACAGAGGUUGCAUAAUGUAUUUGCCAUCUUGCUUUGCUGAAAAGAAUCUAAGUGGGGUUUCAGGAUUCAUCAAACUUCAGACACCCGAUGGGAGACAGUGGCCGGUCCGGUGUCUUUAUAAAGUUGGUCGGGCCAAGUUAAGUCAGGGAUGGUAUGAGUUUUGCCUGGAAAAUAAUUUAGGGGAGGGCGACGUUUGUGUGUUUGAGCUUCUCAGGGUGAGAGAAAUCGUUCUCAAAGUUACCAUGUUUCGUGUCAUUGAAGACGCUAGACGAAUGGUAAACCCGAAUCCUCCCAGCAUGAUGAAUCCACACUCGCUACAAAGUGCUAGCCAAAUUAAGCUGAUCAGAAACUAAUGGUCGACAUUUCCAGGUUACCCUAUUGUAUCAAAUCUCUCUCUUUUUUUUUUUUUU